AUGUCCACCGGCGGCUGGAUCGCUGAGGUGAGAUGGGCCGCGCGCACGUCGCUCUCUCUGACCAUCGCCGGCGCUGCCCUCUUCAUUCCUGGCAUCACGCCGCUGCGGCUCCCCGAGGCACCGUUCGCCGCCUUUGUCGCCGUGGUGACCGUCCAGGCCAACCCGGGCGCAACCCUCCGGACGUCGGCCGACGUCCUGCGCGGCGCCAUCCUCGCGGCGAUCAUCAACCUGCCCACGCUCGCGCUGCCGGCCGCCGUGCGGCAGCACCCCGCGUUUGCCACGCUCUUCCUGCUGGCGCUGACCUUCGGCAUUGCGCACGCCAAGCUGCACCUCAUCACGAUGCGGCUCGCCCUCUCCUGCGGCACUAUCCUCGCCCUCGCGCCGCUCGGCAGCGACGCCGCGCUCCGCCCGGCCCACACCCUCCUCUUCCUGGCGCUCAACGCGCUCUCCGUCGCGUGCGCCGUCGUCGCGUCCGCCAUGCCGCCCGUGCGGUCCGCGCGCCGCCAGCUGGCCGCCGAGUCUGCGCGCGCAGAGCGGCUCGUCCUCGACUGCUACGACGAGCUCAUCGAGGCGACUCCAUCAAUUAAGACGCUGCGUGGGAGUGCGGCGGCGGCGGCGGCGGAGGAGGAGGAGGAGGAGGAGGCGCUCUUCUACUCGCCAGAGGAGCGUGCGGGCGACAUCGCCGAGUACCGCGACGGCUACGCCCUCAUCGUCAACCCGUUCCUCCUCAGCGCCAUCCAGCUCGCUCUAACCGUGUCGCGAGAUCGCCUCUUGCCGCCCUCGGCCUCGUCACACGCAGCCCAGCCGGCCGCCUCCGCCUCCGUCGCCUCCGCCGCCUCCGCCUCCGCCUCCGCCUCCGCCUCCGCCUCUUCCGCCUCCGCCUCCGCCUCCUGCGCCUCCGCCUCUUCCGCCUCCGCCUCUUCCGCCUCCGCUUUCUCCUUUUCGCGCGGGCUGCUGCCGCGGCUGGCGAUGCCGCGGCUGGCGAUGCCGCGGCUCGGCGCUCUGCGAGACCGCGCGCGGCUGGAGCGCGCGGUCAAGUUCUCGCUCUCCAUCACCCUCGCCUCCCUCUUCCUCCACCUGCCGGGCGAAGAGUUCGACUACGCCGUCUUCGCGCCGGUCGAGGUGUCCUUCAUCAUCUUUGACCGCGUGGGCGGCUCCGUCUCGCAGUCGAUGAUGCGCGUCUUCGGCUCGUCGCUCGGCGCCAUCGCGGGGUACUUGAUGGUCGUCGCGUGCCACGGCUCGGACACAGCCCUGCUCGCCCUCCUCGCCUGCUGGGGCUUCCUCUGCUCGCUCGGCCGCGCCUCCCGCCACGGGUACGCGGCGUGCGUCGCCGCGUGGACGGCCGCCAUCGUCUCGGCAGCCCACAGCCGCGAGGUCGCCUUCGAGAGGAUCACUCACUCCUUCCUCGGCGCCGCCGUCAUGCUCUGCGUCGUCCACGCCGUCCUCCCACGCUGGGCGCGCGACGGAGUGCGGGCCGAGCUCGCAAAGGUCGCGGCGGAGGCGGCCGGCGUGCACGCCGCAGGGGCGCGCCAGUGGCGCCUCGGGCUGGGAGGCAGGUCUGCCGGCGGCGAGGCUGGCGGCGAGGGGGCGGACGCGGGGCCGAGCGGCGCCAGGUCGCCCGGCAAGGGGGAGUCGGAGCCUCUGACGCGGCUCGGCGCCGACACGGAGCAGGUGGCUGCCGCAGAGGCGGUGGGCGCGCGGCUGCGGCGGCUGCAGGGCGCACUCUCCUCCGUCGGCACUCUGCACCGCGAGGCGUGCAUCGAGCCCGAGCCGUGGGCCGCGUGUAUCGAGCCCGAGCUGUGGCGUGGGCCGUACGCCGCCGCCAAGCUCGGCGCCAGCAUCGACGCGGCGCGCAAGCUCGUCGACGCAGCAGUCACGGCGGCCGAGACGCAAGCGGCGAGGCAGCAGUCGGCGGUGGAGUGGAUCCUGCACGAUUGGAUCCCGCCCGAGCUCGACGCCUUUUGGGAGGCGCUCGACUCGCUCGCGGCUGCGGCCGACGCCUUUGGCCCCGCGCUCGCCGCCGCCGUCCUCAACGAGCGCGCAAACGACGACUUCGCAGCGGAGCGGCUUGACGAGGCGCUCGCGGCGCUCGAGGCGCAGCAAGAGGCGCUCGGCGGCCUCUACCGCACUGCGCUCGCUUCGGCGGUGGAGCGGGGCCGAUCCGCGGUCGCGCUGAGGGUGAGCAACGCCGACAUGCUGCUGCACAACUCGAUGUUUGCGGCGACGCUCGGCACGUCGCGCGCGCUCUCGGCGCUCGGCCGCGCGGUCGCGUCCCUCUCCGAGGUCGACAGGGUGCGCUCGCAGCUGAGGCACGACCGGGAGGGCGGGCUGCCGCCAGCGAGGCAGCCGGACGACGCUGGGGACGGGCGGGGGGAGGUUGUGGGCGAGCGGGCGCCCGCGAGGGCGGUCGCGGUCUGA